GGUACAAUGAUAACCAAGCAAUGAAAGGAAUAUUAUCUUGACGGCGGUUGAGCGGGAAGUGAAGCUUCACCGUUUCUGACUGACUUCAGUCUUCUGAUCUCCGGACAAAAAUGGCUGACAUCAAACUCAACGACGGAGACCGCUGUCUGGACAUUGCAGAUACACCAGCUCCUACAUCGGAGGAGCCACAUGUCAACACCACCACAGAGAAGAUGAAAAAGAAGCGGGUUGCUUCCGUAGAUAUUUUCAGAGGAUUUACUGUAGCGUUGAUGAUUUUGGUAGAUGAUGCUGGAGGAGAAUGGCCUAUGAUUGCACAUGCACCUUGGAAUGGCUGCAACCUUGCUGAUUUUGUAAUGCCAUUCUUUUUGUUCAUUGUGGGCAUGUCCAUUGCACUUGCUCUGAAGAGAAUACGAGAUAGAUGCAUUGCCACUAAAAAGGUGCUACUUAGGACCCUGAAGCUCAUCUUUUGGGGUCUUCUAUUACAAGGUGGUUUCUCACAUGCUCCUGACAAACUAUCAUAUGGUGUUGACAUGAAAAAUAUUAGGUGGUGUGGUAUUCUCCAGAGAAUUGCUCUUGCAUAUUUCGUUGUUGGAUUGUUGGAAAUUGCAACUCAACGGACACAUGCUGAGGAACUACCACCUGGAUGUCUCUCUAUAUACAAGUUGUACAUUUGGCACUGGAUCCUAGGAGCUUGUGUUAUCAUAGUUUAUUUGGCAGUUAUUUAUGGAACUUAUGUCCCCAACUGGCAGUUCACAGUCCACAAUACCGACAGUGCUGAUUACGGAAAGAUUUUAACUGUAGCUUGUGAUGUCAGAGGAAAACUUGAUCCUCCAUGUAAUGCAGUUGGUUAUAUUGACAGACAAGUGCUUGGUAUUAAUCACAUGUAUCCGCAUCCUGCUUGGAAGAGAUCUAAGGCUUGCACCAAGAGAUCCCCUUAUGAGGGUCCUUUCAAGAAGGAUGCUCCAUCUUAUUGCUCGGCACCUUUUGAACCUGAAGGAGUUUUAAGCUCUAUUUCUGCUAUCCUCUCUACAACUAUCGGAGUGCACCUUGGGCAUGUACUCAUACAUAUGAAGGGCCACUCAUCUAGGCUGAGGCAUUGGAUUAUGAUGGGUCUUGGCCUCGUUGUUUUGGGAAUCGUUCUUCAUUUCACAGAUGCAAUUCCUCUAAAUAAACAGUUGUACACAUUCAGCUAUGUUUGUGUAACGUCAGGAGCAGCAGCAUUGGUCUUCUCAUUCUUCUACAUUAUGGUUGAUAUAUGGACUUUGAGAUACCUGUUUCUGCCAUUGGAAUGGAUUGGAAAGAAUGCAAUGCUUGUUUAUGUUAUGGCCGCUGAAGGCAUCUUUGCAGGAUUUGUUAAUGGCUGGUACUAUGAUAACCCCCAUAAUACACUGAUAUAUUGGAUUCAGAAACACAUUUUCUUCGGAGUUUGGCAUUCAAGAAGAGUGGGAAUUCUACUUUAUGUCAUAUUUGCGGAGAUAAUGUUUUGGGUGAUCAUUUCUGGCAUUCUGGAUUGGCUCGGGAUUUAUUGGAAACUGUAGUAUGCGAUUCGAGGGUUGUUUAUGCCUCUUCAAAACCUCGAUAGAUCAAGACUCAAGAGCAUGAAGUUUAUUGUAAGCUUAUCAACUUUGUGAAUAAUAUUUCUUCAAAUAGAACAAGAGUUAUAUCCCUUGGUUUGUUUUACCUACGCUUCUAUGUGCAUACCACUGAAAUGUAAUGUAAACACGUGGUUGUAAUGUAUAAAAAGAAUCUUGCAGCAAGUAAUAAGCAAGUUAGCACUUCCUUCUCUA